AUGGUGAUUCCACUAUACUGCAUCUAUGAGCACCGCUAUGAGCUUGGGAGUAUUCCAAUUUUCUUAAGCGCUACCAGAGCAGAUUAUGACCGGGUUAUCUCGAUUAUCAAAAUUAUUUUUCGGGCUUCUGCGCUUGCAAUAUCCUUUUUCACCUACAUGUACAUGUUUUGGAUAGUACGAAAGAAAGCAAACCGCAAAGAAAUGAGCAUCUUGGUCCACGGUGGUUGUCUUCUAUCAGCUCUUGGGGGCUCUUUCGUUUUCGAUUGCAAUAUAGGAGAGGUGGACAAGCACAUGGGAUUGUUCCUCUUUACGUCCAUAUUGUGGGUUCCAUGCACCGAUGUAGUGACUACUUUUUGCGUUAUCACGUCAAUACGGAAGCGCGUAAGCCCUUUGAAGGAUGCAAAAGUGACUACAGUAUUCGUGACGAAAAUCUAG